AUGAGCUGGAGUCUGGCACUGCCCACUUCUCCAGCACCUUCUGUCAGGAAACCUGGAGACCGCUUCAUUCCCUCUAGGGCUGGUGCCAACUGGGGCCUGCACUUCCGUAGCAAUGAUGACUCUGAGAAAUCUCUCACGCUGAAGACCCAAACCAAACAUCCUGACACACGCAACCAGAAAAGUGACCUUGUCUACUCUGCCCUGUUGAAGAACGAGCUUCUGGGAGCCAGGAUCCAGAAAGUCCAGGAUCCAAAAGCAGAGGACCAAACACUGCAGCUUUCUGUGCCAACCAAAAAGAAUCUUUUUACCUUCUCCCCUAGAAUUAAGCGUUGGAGCCCUGAUACCAGGUAUGAAGUCUCACCUUAUCAUUUGUCACCCAUCAGCAAGAGAAGUCAGACCUUACUAACAUCUGCACGGCAACUGACCCGGAACAUUGCCAAAAGCCCGUUCAAGAUUCUCGAGGCCCCUGACCUUCGUGAUGACUUCUACUUGAACCUUUUGGAUUGGUCUCGUCUCAAUGUCAUCGCUGUGGGCCUGGACAGUGAUGUUUACCUGUGGAGUGCUCUUACAUGCCAGGUAACAAAACUGUGUGACCUCUCUCUGGAAGAUGAUUUUGUGACCUCUGUGAACUGGUCUGAACAUGGGAACUUGUUAGCAGUUGGCACACAGAGAGGCUUUGUGCAGAUCUGGGAUGUAGGUGCUGAAAAGAUAUUGUCUGUACUGCGUGGCCACGUAGCCAGGGUCAGUUCAUUGGCCUGGAAUGCAGACCAGAUUUCUUCUGGGAGCAAAGACAGAAGGAUCCUUCAGAGAGAUAUCCGGGCACUCUCCCUGCAGUCUCAGCGCAGGCUGAAAGGUCACAAGCAGGAGGUGUGUGGGCUGAGAUGGUCCCCAGAUCACCACCUGCUGGCCUCAGGUGGGAAUGACAACAAGGUUAUAGUCUGGAAUGAUUUCAGUUUAAAGCCAUUCCAGCAGUAUACCCAUCAUAAGGCAGCUGUGAAAGCCAUUGCGUGGUCUCCCCACCAGCACCGUGUGUUAGCAUCGGGUGGUGGUUCAGUUGACCGCUGCAUCCGAUUCUGGAAUACGCUGACAGGGCAGCCCCUGCAGCAAAUUGAUACUGGUUCUCAGGUGUGCAACCUGGCCUGGUCUAGGCAGGACAGUGAGCUAGUCAGCACUCAUGGCUUCGCAGAGAAUCAGAUUGUUGUCUGGAGGUAUCCCUCCCUGACCCAAGUAGCCAAACUUACAGGUCAUUCCAAUCGAAUUUUGUAUAUGGCAGUAUCUCCUGAUGGACAGGCCAUAGUUACAGGGGCUGGAGAUCAGAGCCUAAGGUUUUGGAAUGUUUUUCGCAAAAAUCGUUCACCAAAGGAAUCUGUAUCUGUCCUCAAUCUCUUCACUAGAAUCCGGUAA